UGACCUCUGAGCAGAUUGGACUCUGGACCUGCAGUUUCAGUCUGACUGGAUUUGCUCACAAACUCAGGAUCUUUUUGUUGUUUCACACAUGAUGCAGGUUUCCACGUCUCUUCCUCUUCUUUUUCUUUCCCUCACCCUCCUGCUCCUUCAUCCCGUCUCCCCGGUACAUGGUGGCCAUGUUCUGGCAUUUCCGGGAGAGUUCAGCCAUUGGUUGAACAUGCGGACCAUCAUAGAGGAGCUGGUGAAGAGGAAUCAUUCGGUCACCAUCUUAGUGCCCGAUGCUUCGCCGUCUGUCAACUACAACAACAGCCGUGACACUGCCAAGUUCAACUUCCUGGUCUUCAAGGUGUCAUAUAGCAGGGAGGAAUAUGUGGGCACCAUGCACGAAUUCAUCCAGUUCUCUAUGUACGAGUCACACACCUCUUCACCGCUGCAAAAGAUCAUGAAGAUGAACGAUUUCAUGGGCCGCACCCUGGACUUUGGGAGGCAGCAGUGUGAUGGGGUGCUGAAGAACCAGCAGCUGAUGGCGACUCUGCAGGACAGUGCUUUCGAUGUUAUCCUACAAGACCCCCUUGCAAUGUGUGGCGACCUGGUGGCUGACAUGCUCGGCGUGCCACUCAUCCUCUCGCUGCGCUUCAGCUUUGGCAGUGUUAUGGAGCGACACUGUGGCCACGCCCCGUUGCCACCAUCUUAUGUUCCAUUAGCUCCUCUUCCAUACAACGACCGCAUGACGUUCGUGGAGAGACUGAUCAACAUGGUGACAUAUGUGGCGUCAUCCACGCUAACUGAACUUGCCUGGAAGCUGUCUGUGAAUAAAUACUAUAGUGAGAUCAAAGGAACUCCCAGCAGUGUGUGUGAGACUAUGGGGAAGGCCGACGUGUGGCUCAUCAGGACGUUCUGGGACAUUGAGACGCCACGGCCGACCCCACCAAACUUCAAAUACGUGGGCGGUCUACACUGCAAACCGGCCAAUCAGCUGCCAGAGGACCUGGAGGCAUUUGUGCAGAGUUCAGGUGAUGCCGGCAUAAUUGUGGCUUCCUUCGGCUCCAUGGUAACCAACCUGACGAUGCAGCACGCUAACAUCAUCGCCACCGGCUUCGGUCAGAUCCCACAGAAGGUGAUUUGGCGUUACCGUGGCGAGGCUCCAACUGCAUUGGCGCCAAACACAAAGAUUUCUGAUUGGAUCCCUCAGAACGACCUGCUGGGUCACCCAAAGACAAAGGCAUUCGUGACACACGGCGGCACUAACGGUCUGUAUGAAGCUGUGUUUCACGGCGUGCCUCUGGUGGGCUUGCCGCUGUUUGGUGAUCAGCCUGAUAAUCUCGCCCGUAUGAGCCGCCUCGGCACCGCCAUCGUCCUGGACUUCAACCAUCUGACAGCUGAGGAGCUGGCAGAGGCGCUGCACGUUGUUACAAACCAGCCAAGCUACAGGACCAACAUGCAGCAUCUGUCAGCGGUGCACCGCGACCAGCCAGUAACGCCACUGAGUACCGCCGUCUUCUGGGUGGAGUUUGUGAUGCGACACGGUGGAGCUAAGCAUCUGCGGUUGGCAUCAUACGACCUGAACUGGUUCCAGUACCACAGCUUGGACACCGGUGCUGCCCUGCUGGUCGCUUUGAUGACCGUCGCUGCUUUGUGGUGGGUGGGGAUACGCUGCAUCCUGCGGCAGUGCAGACGGCGAGCAGGAAGAGAGAAGAAGGACUGAAGAGAGAUUUGACAUUUUUGGAGUAAUAUAUAAAUAGGUUUGGAGGUUUUAACCAUCCAAAAGAACAAAUGCAGACAUACUCCACAGUUUGGUUCUUCUUUCAUUUUAAGAACACAUGACUGCACUGUAUUCUCUGCUUCAGAGGAGAUGUCCUCAAAUGCAGCUUCUCUAUUAUAUUUUCUAAUAAACCAAACUGUCUCAUCA